AUGUUUCCUGUUGGUCAAGGGAAGUACGAGAGUUUGGUUAAUGAAGACGAUCACUUACACACUGAUACAAAUGUUAGAGUGAAUACUGCUUAUGGCAAAAGAGGAGCAUGGGAUCACAUACAAAAUCUGGAUCAGUUCUUCUCAGAUAUAUAUAAAUACCACCAAUGUGGAGGAUUCGUCGUGAUAUUAUUAGCGCAAAUUCUUUGGCUAGUGAAAUUCGCCUUUGUCAUAUUCAUUACAAUUGAAUUAUCUGUAUGCACAAGAUGGAGCUACUUAACCAAUAGUAGUAUUUAUGUUGAAAAUUGGACUGAUGUCUUCCAACCACCAAAUCAAUGCUGGGCUACCUUACCAUUUUCUGCAUCCUUAUUAGUUGUUGGCGCUGUGAUAACAAUGCUAGUACAAAUCACUCUUGUUGGCAUCAAAUUAAGUCGAUUCUGGGAGAUUCGUCGUUUUUGUACAAAUAUCUUAGAUAUGCCAACCAAUGAUUCUGGUCUAUCAGAUUUAACCUGGUCUGAAGUACAACAACGGCUGUUACAAUCACAAAGAGAUUUCCAAUUUUGUGUAUACAAAGUUAAUUUAGAUGAAUUAGAUAUAUAUAAUCGGAUAUUACGACAUAAAAAUUAUUUAAUAGCAAUGAUUAAUCAAGAUAUUCUACCUAUCCGUUAUCGUAUAUCAUCUAGUUUACUACCUCAGAUUGUUUAUCUUCCUGAUGGAUAUUUAUUCAAUUUAAAAUUAAUCUUAUUCUGGACACCAUGGUCACCAUUUCAUAAUUAUUGGCAAUUAAGAGCUGAUUAUAAAUGGGUUACAAAACGUCAUGAAUUAGCUGUGGAAUUAGCUAGUCGUGUACGUAUUCUUGGCAUCAUUAAUCUUGUUAUGGCUCCGAUUAUCUUUAUUGCCCAAUUAAUAGCAUUUAUAUGCGCCAAUGCAGAACGCUUUCGAUAUCAACCGUCAACAUUGUUUGGCCGACGUUGGUCAAAUUAUGCCCGCCUGUAUCUACGACAUUUCAAUGAAUUACAACAUGAAUUUGGUACACGUUUAAAGCAAGCGUAUACCCCAGCUUCAAGAUAUUUUGAUAGUUUUGUAUCACGACCGCUGACAGUGAUAGCAGAGGCAGGUGCUUUUAUUUUUGGUGGAGCAUCAGUAGCCUUUUUUAUUGCUAGUCUUAUACGUGAACAAAUGAUGCAUUUACCUGGUUAUUUAGCUAUACUUAUUGGUGGUGGUUUAUUGGCUAGAUCGUGUUUAUCUUUAAUACCAGAUGAGAAUAUGGUUUAUUGUCCGCGUAGUUUAUUAGUGUCAACAUUAAUGCGUAUUCAUUAUAUGCCAGAUCAUUGGAAAGAACAAGCUGGUACAUAUCAAGUUCGAUCAGAAUUUUCACAAUUAUUUCAAUAUCGUAUGAUUGGUUUAUUGGAAGAAUUGUUAUCGCCUAUUAUUACGCCGCUAAUCCUUAUUUUUAUUCUACCUAAGCAUACACUUGAAAUUGUUGACUUUUUAAGAAAUUAUACUGUUGAAGUUCCAGGUGUUGGAGAUGUUUGUAGCUUUGCACAAUUGGAUAUACGACGUCAUGGUGAUCCUAUGUGGCAUCCAAAUGCAGAUAGUGGUAGUGAUGAUCAAAGUGGAACUGAUAAUGAUGAACAUGAGCAUACAACAAGUGGUGAAAUUCAUCCUUAUUCAAAGAAGGCUGCUGCUGUUAAACAUGCUAAAUGGCCGUCAAAGACAACUCCUACGCAUGAUCAGUCUAAUGUUACAACUGUUGGCAGAACUAGUGAAGAUACUAUAGAGGCGAAUUGUACUAGUUCAAUUCAUCAGAGCGCUGCUGGUGGUAAAAUUGAACUCAGUCUUAUGCACUUUCAUCUUACUAAUCCAUCUUGGCGACUUCCACCAGAUGGUCUAGCCUAUCUAAAGUCGGUUAGGAAUCAGGCUUUAUUAGACCUACAACAACAGCAACAACAACAGUUAGCUCAAUUCCAGGAUAGCUAUAAAAAUGAUACUCAAGUUGAUAAGAUAACUUCACAACCAGCACAGGGAAUGUUUUCAACUCUUUAUGGUGGGCCACAAACUAGUCAGAUGACUAGUAUUUAUCAGAGUACUCAUCCACAACUGCCUAAUACAUGCGUAGAAAGUUCACUUGGUCUAAAGAAUGUUUCUCAUUUACCAGGUUCUGGAUUACGUUCAGAAAACACAUAUGGUGUUGUAGGAGCUAUGGUUGAUUCAAUGAGAAGUUCAGGCUCUCAAUCAAUGCAUCGUUCAGAUCCUAAUGUUUGUGAAACUCAAACCACAGAACCUGGUAUACGAAGAAUUUCUCAUGGUGAUAGUAGUGCACACAAGUUACCAGGUAGCAGUGCUACAAAACUUGCUUCGGAGACUAAGGCAGCACUACCUAAACCCAACUCAGAAAUGACUGGAUCCCAGCUUAAUCCUGCUGCAUUUAACUACUCAAUGCUUGAUGGACCUACUCCCAUAACAAUGAGUUUAAUGGCAGCAUCUGCCUUACAUUCUGCUGAUACCUUAGGUCUUCCAUUUUAUCAACCUUAUAAUUCACAGAUUGAAGAUGGUUCAAGUCAACAUAUGGGUUUCAAUAACAGUCUUAUUGGAAGUGUACGAGGACGUCGCUGUGCCAUAACUGAAAUGUUAACAGCAGAUAUGUCAGUUAGUGCUCUUUACAUCCAUGAACUUUUCCAUAGAAGAAGACAACAACGACAGAAUCAUGGAUCUAGUCGGGAUAUAGCUCACAGCGCG